UAUGUAUGUGCCUAUAGUACGUACUUGGUUUUCUAGGACGGCUGCAGACUUCCUCUUCGGGACACUGCCGCUUUAGUGAGGGUGCUUAGGGGUCUAUAUCACCCAUCACCGCUCACUGAGCACUCAGCCUUGGCCCUUGAGAAGUCACAUGUACUCACUGAGCCGCUCACCCCAUCUAUUUUGUGCGGGUAGUUCAACGACGGUGUUCAGUGCGCGAUCCGCGUUAUUGUGUGUACUGUAUCCAUCAGACAGGUAUCUGAGUCUGUUGGAGAAUAGUACAGUAAAACACUUCCAUUUUUCAAAGAUGUAUUUGCUACAGUCGAGGCACUCCCAAGAGACAGAGCCUAUCAUGCUGGAGAAAGUCAAUACCUUGGUUGGCCAACAUAGUAGAGAGGCCGCAACGUACUUCGUGGUUCUCUCGUAAGACGAUUCAAAGCGCUGGAGACAAGGGAUUCAUUCAAUCAAAGAAUGCUU